AUGGAGUACGAGUCUCUUAAUGAAAACGUGAAGAAGUGUCAGUAUGCUGUGAGAGGUGAACUCUAUCUCCGAGCUUCUGAGCUUCAGAAAGAAGGCAAAAAGAUCAUUUUCACAAACGUUGGGAACCCUCAUGCUAUGGGACAGAAGCCGCUGACAUUCCCUCGCCAGGUGGUUGCACUUUGUCAAGCUCCGUUUCUACUAGAUGACCCAAAUGUUGGAAUGCUAUUCCCAGCUGAUGCUAUUGCAAGAGCUAAGCAUUAUCUUUCCUUAACUUCAGGCGGAUUAGGUGCUUACAGUGACUCAAGAGGUCUUCCGGGAGUUAGGAAAGAGGUUGCUGAGUUCAUUGAACGGCGUGAUGGGUAUCCAAGUGACCCAGAACUCAUAUUUCUCACUGAUGGAGCUAGCAAAGGUGUGAUGCAAAUCUUGAAUUGUGUUAUACGCAAUGAGAGAGAUGGGAUUCUUGUUCCGGUUCCACAAUAUCCACUCUACUCAGCAACCAUAUCACUGUUGGGUGGUUCUCUUGUUCCUUACUAUCUUGAAGAGUCUGAAAACUGGGGACUUGAUGUUAACAACCUUCGACAAUCUGUUGCUCAGGCUCGUUCUCAAGGGAUAUCAAUAAGGGCGAUGGUGAUCAUCAACCCCGGGAACCCAACUGGUCAGUGUCUAAGCGAAGCUAACUUGAGAGAGAUAUUGGAGUUCUGUCAUAAAGAGAAACUGGUUCUUCUGGGAGAUGAGGUUUAUCAGCAGAACAUAUACCAGGACGAGCGUCCCUUUAUCAGCUCCAGGAAGGUUUUGAUGGAAAUGGGCUCGCCGUUCAGCAAGGAAGUCCAGCUUGUUUCUUUCCACACCGUCUCUAAAGGAUAUUGGGGUGAAUGUGGACAGCGAGGUGGAUACUUUGAGAUGACCAACAUCCCUCCCAGGUCUGUGGAGGAGAUAUACAAGGUUGCAUCAAUUGCUCUCAGCCCCAAUGUCUCGGCGCAGAUCUUUAUGGGUUUGAUGGUUAAUCCUCCAAAGCCUGGAGACAUUUCAUAUGACCAGUUCGCCCGCGAAAGCAAGGGGAUUCUUGAAUCUUUGAGAAGAAAAGCAAGAAUCAUGACUGAUGGGUUCAACAGCUGCAAAAACGUCGUCUGCAAUUUCACAGAAGGUGCAAUGUACUCGUUUCCUCAAAUAAAGUUGCCACCGGGAGCGAUCCAAGCUGCAAAACAAGCCGGAAAAGUGCCAGACGUUUUCUACUGUCUCAAGCUCUUAGAAGCUACAGGAAUCUCCACAGUCCCUGGCUCUGGAUUUGGACAGAAAGAAGGUGUGUUCCAUCUGAGGACAACGAUCUUGCCUGCGGAAGAAGAGAUGCCAGAGAUCAUGGACAGUUUCAAGAAGUUCAAUGAUGGGUUCAUGGCUCAGUACGAGAGUAACUUUGGUUAUUCAAGAAUGUGA